CCUGAGUUGGCAGCCUUAGUUGCAACCGUUCCAUGCCGCUGAUCGAGAUGGCGUGGUCGACGACCCAUGGCCCGCACGGCCAGACGAGGCAGUGCGACCCGUUCGAGUCGCUUUGAAGAGCCCAAUGUCCAAAUCGAAAGGUGAGGGCGACAUCGAGAGCGGCUCUUCCCAAGCCUCCAGCGUUUUCAACACCGGCGCUGACAGCGCGCAGCUGCCACCGCAGAUCACUGCUCAGCUGGCAGCCCGGGCGGCCGCGCAGACACGGCCCCGGCUGCGGAGGCACGGCACCAGCCGCUCCGGCGCUGGCGGCAAGAGCAGCACCAGGCUUCAGUAUGAGGAGCUGCAGGAUCUCGUACAAGACCUCCCGGUGGAUCAACACAAGCAAGUCAUUGCUUCUCAGUCCUCUUCGGGGUAUUUGGCCGAUUACAUCGAGAGACGCAAGGCCUCUGAGGGCAAGUGGAAGCUGUCGAAUGAGAGGUGGCUCUACUACUACAUCCACAGCAAGCCCAAGACCUUCUUUGGCGAGGCGGCUCGUCAUGCCAAGGGCUUGCUGCUGAGAGAGCAGCUCGAAUGUGACUUGAUGUCGAGCAUUGUCCUUGAGAGGAAGAAGGAGAAAGUCAUGCCAGCCACCGGCCUCAAGGAGUUUGUGGCACAGGCGCAGAACAUCCUCACGAUGAAGCGUACGCUUGGGACCAUUCGAGCUUCAGUUUGGAAUUGGGAGUUGAAUGUGAGGUUGCUGGAAUUCGGCUAUCGAGGUGAUCAGGACUUGGUCUUGACCCGGAUGGCCGACCGGCGCUGGCGCAACGAGAGCUUCUGGAGCAUGUUCCACGACCGGGCGCGGGAUCACCGGCCGGAAGAGAAGGAAGCCUUUGAUGAGUUGCCAGAAGAAGGCCUACAAGCCUACCACACCUUAUCUCGCUUCAACCAGACGGUGCAGCAACAGCUGUGGUCCUCACAGCAUGGAUGUCCGGGAUCCAACACCAAGGCGACAGGACCAGCUCAACGAUUGCCGGUCGAUAUGAGCAGGGAGCACCAGAACGUGUCAGAUCAGCGCCCGAGCACUCUCCGCUGGGUCCCGCCGCCGCGGCCCCAGAGCGCCGUGAGUGGCUCGCGUAGCGCCCUGCGGCGCUGCCAGACCACUCCCAAUCUCAGGGAGCACGUGCGACCCGCGAGCGCUGGCAGCACAGCAAAGCGAGAGAGUCAUUUGGGCUUGGCCGAUGGGAGGUUCUUCCGAAGGACGAUCGGCUCAGCGGCGCAGAGUUUGCCCAUCUUGGAGAAGCCCCGUGUGAUCGCCUCCGAUCGAAAGGACAUGCUCCGCUCGAUCAGCAGCAGGCCAACCAGCGCCGGUUCCAGCCGCGGAAACGUGAAGAGGCCCUCCAGUGCCGGCUCCUGGGCCACUGCCAGCCGCCCGCAGAGCGCCGUGUCGCGCAGGAGGACCAAGGAAUGGAAGAUGCCCGAGACCGAGCCAACACCGAGUUUGUGGAGCCCCGCCGACCCAUGGCCGGCCUCCCCUCAGCGGGGCAAGUCCCGGCACCAAGCACCACCGAGCUGCCAAAAGUACUUGCAGGCUUGCCAGCUGCAUGCAACAGUGCCAGAUACCUUGGACUUCAACACAGGCCUCUCGGACAAGCUCUCGGCACCGCGCCGCUACAUUUGCGACGCCGACCUUCUGGCGGUCGCAGGCAUGCUGCCUGCGAGGGACCAUGUGGAUGCGGUGGACUUGCAGGAGAACAGCAACCUUACGGAUCUGAGCCUCGUGCCGUUGCUGGAGCAGUUUGUCAAGGUGGACCGGCUGGCGGAGGGCCUUCGGAGGUUGAACCUCAAGUAUUGCAAGGGCAUCAACUGGCUGGGUCAAGAGACCCUCUUGCGGCUGAUGAGUAGCGCUAAGAACCUGAGGGAGCUGGACCUCUCAGGGGUGCCGAUUGGCAUGCGUGUGCAGCGGCGCUUGUGUGUCGCUGUGGGGGAUCAUCCCCAUCUCAUGUCGAUCGGCCUCGCUCGUGUGGGCUUGGGUGGCCACAUGCUCACCAAAGACUGCCUCCACAGCUUGCUAGGAAGCCAAAGCAAUCAACGGCUGGAUUUGAGCUGGAAUGUCUUCAACAAGCAGGAGUUUCAAUUGGUGGGCGACUUCAUAGCUGAGAACUUGGUCUUGGAACACCUGCUGCUGGAUCAUUGUGCUGGCUACAUCGCCCGUGAGGAUACACCCAUUUCUCACCUGGUGGAGAAGCUCGCUUUCAAUCAUGCAUUGAGGAGCCUCAGCGUGUGCACCGACCGCAUUGACUCGCGAGCCGCCUUGGUCAUCGAGGACUCGCUCGAAGGUCAUCCGACGCUGAAGCGGCUCUACCUGCGGAACAACCCUUUAGGUAUCAUGGGACUGAGAAGCAUCUUGCGUCUUUUGUGUCGAGAAGAGUCCCACCUCUCACGCUUGGACAUCGAAGGUUGCCACGGCGGGAAGUCCGGGGAUGAGGUGAUUUGCCUCGAGGGUAGUGCUGCACAGGAGUCCAAGGUCUUCUCCUUCACCAACCCGGGUGGGAAGUACGUCCUUGAUUUAUCGAUUCCCUAUGAUCGCAGCUUGUGCAGGAUGCUCUAUGAAACGGCUGAGCGCUUUGAGUUGAAACACUCCAAGGCCUUUGUCAACAUCAACUACUCCAUCCCACCCUACCAACAUCCCAUUCGAGACAGCAUUGGCCAGUACAAGGUGCGCCGUGAGGGCAUCCUGACCUUCACCUUCAACGUGGAGUCGGCCAUUGCCGCCAAGUGGAGCGAGAUUGCGGAUGAUGAUUUCAUUACUUUCCUGAAUGCCCACCUGGAACUCAUGCGCUUCACACCUCAUCGAAUCAAGAUGAGACCCUUGCUUGCCAAUUGGAAAGCCAUCAGUGGCAUGCCCAUGGAACAAGAGACCUUCCUGACAGCUUUGGCAUCCGAUUUCAACAUGAUCCUGCCCUACUUGGAGUACAUGGUCCAGGCCUGCCCUGAAGCUGGCACCCAGACCCUUUUUCGCCUCAUCCCAAGCCUCAAGAGAGAUGGCUCUUCAAUGUAUUUGGCCACUGCUCUUUUCCCCGAGAUGGAGGACUUUCUGGUGACCGUGCGGGAGAUGGAAGCCUACAUGCUCUUCAACCCGCAGAACCCCACUGGCCACUACAAGCUGAAACUCGAGAACAGUACCGAUUUUGCUGUGGCCCAGCAACUCUUGCUGUUGGACCGAUGGGAGUCGGUGGUGAACAAGCGCAAUCGCCGACAGGAUGUGUCCCAGCGAGGGAACCAGUCACAGCUGCGGAACGAGUGCCACAUGGGGCGGUCCUUACACUUAUCGGUGAAGAUGCUCACCGAGUGGGUGAUCCCUGAGUUUGGCGAGUUCGAAUGCGACUACGUCACCAGCAACCACCCCAAGAAGGGUUCCAAACCCUUGAGCGAUGACCUUUGGGAAGAGCUGAUGAUGUGCAUGUACGACUCACCGUGUGAACCGCAAGAUCGGCUGAAAGUCCUGAAGACGAUUUCUCAUCAGAUUUUUUUGAGUUCCCUGCACAUCCGUCAGAUGGUGGGCUUCUUUCGGAACGACUUGGACCGCGAAGAUGCCUUGGUGUUCUUCUGGCCCAGGGUCGUGGACAAGUACAACGCCAAGGUCUUCCGAGUUCGUUUUGAGAAGCAGGAAGAUGUGGUGAGACUGCAGGAGCGGCUUGGCUACGCAUCCUUCUUCCCCUUCAUCCAGCCAGAGAAUGCCAAGUUCCGCUACAACAUGGCUGUUUAUGAGCAGCGCUUGGCGGCCUCCCUCAUUGUAACCCUGGCUCAGCGCGAGAACCCUGGGAACAUCAAGGGAUACAAUGCCUCCGAGAACUUGCCCACCUUUGAGCGGCCCGACGGUACCUUUGACCCUUUGACCAUGGGUGUGCCACGUUCCUGGGCCGAUUUCAAGCAGUGCCCCACAAAGGGCAUCUUCAGCGGAAGCUACAAGUGUGCACCUGAGAAUCGAGACUAUGAGUUUCGGAGACGCCUGGCCGAGACGUAUGGCUACUACGAUUCGAAGAUCAUGGCCAGCACGCGGGAGCAGGACAUUAUGUGGUGGACCGGUCUCAUGGAGCCGCCAGAGGACAUCCUGGAUUUGUUGGAGUUCUUGAUCAGUCGCUUCCAGAAUGUCGAUGAGGCCUUCCGGAAGAUUGUGCGGAUCUCGGACACCAAGUCUGAGCAGAUCACCCUGCGCCGCUGGGCCAAGUCUGCGCCGCUUGCUGGGCCAGGUCGACCUUCAGGGCCUCCAAGGGAGCGACCUUCACUAAGGGAGCGACCUCUCUGGGUGGAAAGCAGAUUCAGCAUGUGUUUGGCAUCAGGCGUCAUGGGGUUGGCAGAUGUCACAUGAGGUUUUUGGGUGGCGACCGGUAGUGAGGGCCGUUAUUGCUGGCUACAAUGUUUAGCAUCCGCCGAACCGGGAUUUGGGCUCCCAUCGGCCGAUGCAGUGUGUAAAUCCACAUUAUUUUGGGGUGUGUGUGUUGUUGUUUGA